UUGGUCUUCAUCGGCGUCGCAUCACCGGAAGAAACGGACUGUUGUGCUCAUGGCGAUGGAAACCUUGAGAGAAAAGGUUACGGUGUUGUGUUACACGAAUGGUUCUAUUAAGUAUGGUCCUGAUGGCGUAUACUAUGAAGGAUCUACUCCUAAGAAGAUCAGAGUUAGGGGUAAGACUGAGUUAAGCACAUUGUUGAAUGCCCUUUAUCCAAUUUUUGGUUUAGAUAAGCAGAGAUCAAAGAUUGAAAUCUUUGGUAGGUUACCUUUCGUUGUUUCACCACAUCUCUCUAUGUAUGCACACUUUCCUGUGGUGAACGACUCUAGUUUAGAGACUAUGCUUGAGGUUCCAAGCAAUCAUCCUUCUAUUAAAGAUGUGGAGUUGUACUUGGAAGUGAGAUCGACAUCUAAUGGAGUUAAUGAUCCUGCUGCUUGUUCAUCUCCAUCGGAGAGUCCGGUUAGUUCCUUGAAAAGACAGAGAACCCAACAACCGCAAGUAGCUCCUGGUUCUGUGACACAUCCUCCAUCUGUUAAAUUAGAGAGGGAUAAUGGGUUAGAGGUUCAGGGAUUGGAUACCACUAACGGGUGCGCAGAUGCUGCUUUUAGAAACGGUAGCACUCAUCAUGGAGAUGAAGAUAGAGAAAUGACGGAAGCAAACUCAAGUUUGGAUGGGGUGGAGCAGGUUGUUAAUUGGACAGCAAAUAAUGUGUCAGCUUUAGAGGCAUCGGCUAAUGCGUGCUUAGAUAAAGGUGUCGAGUCAAGUGCUUCAAAUCCGUGGUCUCUGUCCAGUCUGUGGGUUGAUGAUCAUGAAUUGCGUGUAGGGUUGUGUUUUAAAGACAGGGAUGAGUUGAAGAAGGUAGUGGACUGGUGCUCCAUAAGAGGGCGGCAAAAGUGUGUAGUAAGAGAGACCAAGAAGGACGCAUUUACGUUUGAGUGCAUCAGAUGGAAAUGCAAGUGGACGCUUUGGGCAGCUAGAAUGGAAGAACACGGACUUGUUGAGAUAACCAAGUUUACUGGUCCACAUACUUGUUGUCCUAUAAGGCCAGAUAAUUUUGACGUGGAAUUUGCAGCAGAGGAGAUUGAAAGUCUGAUCAGGGUACAACCCACACUAACAAUUGCAGAGUUGAAGGAUUGGUGGUUUCAAAAAUUUGGCGACAUGCUUGAAACUUCAGAAAUGCAAGAAGCAAAACAAGAAGUGAUCAAAAAAGUCUUUGGAGAUUGGGAUCGGAGUUUCAGAGUAUUACCCAAAUUAAUGGCUGCGUUUCACUUAUCUAAUGGGCUACUUGUGGACUGGCAAUACGAUAUUUUUCCAAAUCCUGAAUUUGCAUCCUUUCGUGGUGUGUUUUGGGCGUUUCCACAGUCCAUUGAAGGUUUUCGACACUGUAGACCUCUAAUCAUAGUGGACACUAAAGACUUGAAUGGUAAGUACCCUAUGAAGUUGAUGAUUGCCUCAGGAAUGGAAGCUGAUGAUUGCUAUUUCCCGCUUGCAUUUGCGGUUACCAAAGAAGUGUCCACUGAUAGUUGGCGUUGGUUUCUCAAUGGAAUCAGAGAGAAGGUCACACAAAGGAAAGACCUUUGUCUCAUCUCCAGUCCCAACCCGGACAUAGUCGCUGUUGUAAACGAGCCAUGGUCUCUAUGGCAAGAACCCUGGGCUUAUCACAGGUUUUGUCUGGAUUAUUUCUGCUCCCGAUUCCAUGAUUUUUUUCAAGAUGACUACCUAAAGAGCCUUGUGGAAGAGGCUGGAUCCACGAAUCAGAAGGAAGAAUUUGACUCCUACAUGAUGGAAAUUGAAAAGAAGAACUCAGAAGCUCGCAAAUGGUUAGACCAAUUCCCUCAAAGUCAGUGGGCUCUGGCUCAUGACAGUGGGAGAAGAUACAGAGUCAUGACGAUCGAGACAGAAAAUGUGUUUGCAAUUUGCGAAAGCUUUCAGUCUCUUGGUCUGCCAGUGACAGCAACCGUACUGCUUCUGUUUGAUGAGAUGAGAUUGCUUUUCAAGACGGGUCUUUGUGAUAGCAGUGGUAGGGUUAACCGCGGAGAUAUGUACACCAAACCCGUCAUGGACAAGCUCGAAGAGUUAAUGACAGAUUCCAUCACUCACGUUAUAAUGCCGUUAGAGAAAGGUGCUUUUCAGGUGACAGAGCCACUUCAGAAUGAUGAAUGGAUCGUUCGGCUGAAUGAAUGCACCUGCACGUGUGGGAAGUUUCAAUCAAGUAAGUUUCCGUGUCUGCACGCUCUAGCAGUCUGCGAGAAGCUGAAAAUCAACCCUUUGCAGUAUGUAGACAACUGUUACACUCUUGACCGAUUAUACAAAACUUAUGCUGCCACAUUCUCUCCUGUUCCGGAAGUAUCAGCUUGGUCAGAAGCUUCUGGAGUUCCAACAUUGUUUCCACCUGUCAUUCUGCCGCCACCUAACAAUACAGUAAAUGACAAAACCAAGGAGCCUCCUAGUGAUGAAGAGUUGCGAAAUGCAGUUGUUGAUAUCUUGAAAGUGGUGGACCUUAAAACGACGGCGUUCGCUGACAUCCUCAAGCGACUAGCUGAGAAGUUCGAAAUCGACCUUACCCCACAAAAGUUAUCUAUAAAGGAGAUGAUCCAAAAUGAGCUCCAAACCAAGCAGAUGAGGAGUGGAGUAAGUAAGUAAGAAGAGAUAUAGGAACUACCAUGAGUUCCUUAGGAAUCAUUCAUGCCAACUUUCGAUUUUUGGUUCUUUUUUCUUCUUUGUUCUAGUAAGAAGAGCUGAAAGUUAGAGAACUAGAGUUAGUAGGAAUCAAAAGCAGAUCAUGUUUAACUGCGUUGGUGCUUUUGUGUGUGAAAAUUCCAUAAUGGUUCUUUUGAAUUUAGGAGUCAGCCAUUAGUAAUGGCUCAUUACCUAAUCUUUCAGUUCUCUGAACCAUUCAAAAGAGGACAACUAUGGGAACCAUCUAUUGCAUACAA